AUGUACGGAGAUAUAGGGAAUAAAUUGGUUCAACAUGCCAAAAGAACCCAAAAACUCGAACAUCUUCCUCCAUAUCAGACUGAAAUGGUUCGCGCCGUCACUAGGGAGGUUAGAGACUUAGACAAAGACGCUUCGAAUAUUUUACAAUCCAUCGGUGGCUCGUUUGAUCCAUCUGCCGACCCUGCGACAGCAUGCACUCUCCUCGUUGAUCACCUGUGUAUGCGAAGGAACAAACGAUGUCUCCUCGCAUAUCAUCGUACACGAACCGACAAGCUUGAAGAAAUGGUAUGGAAUGGCAGUGAUGUUUUGGAUCUCGCUGCACAACAACAUCGCAUUACAAGUGAGGGGCAGAACGGAGGGACUGAUUUAGGAAAUGGUGAGGGAAAUACCAGCAGUCUAAGCCCGGAAGAGGAAGAAUACGUCAGGCAAUAUAGCGAUUUACUCGCUGCGUUCAAAGGACAUUGGACCGAUAUUGAUCUGACCGGUAGUCUUGAGCCUCCCAGAGAUUUGUUUAUUGAUGUUCGGGUCCUCAAGGAUGCCGGAGAAAUCCAGACAGAAUAUGGUACCAUCAACCUUACCAAAAAUUCGCAAUUUUAUGUCCGCCAAGGGGACGUUGAACGUUUGAUCGCACAAGGAUACCUUCAAAAACUCAGCUAA